AUGACGGAAACUAACCGAAACGUUUGCGACGAUAGGCCGCAAGAGAAACUCAGAGCCCUUCUCGGCACCAUAUGUGUCCGAUUUAUGUACCAAGCCAGCCCGCACCUGCAGCAGCUUCUCACCUGGAUCUUUCGCUUCGCUUUUGACGAACGCGACCAUUACGACGUUGUCAACGAGACGCCGGCCAUGAAGACGGCCUUCUACACGCGCGUCGUUGCCGCCGGAGGCGACGUGGCCACUCACUCGACGCAUGGGAAGGUGCCCAAUAUGGGGCCCCUCGAGCCGUCCACUGUCCGGGCCCUCGCGGACAUCUAUAUUUCCAAGAGAAAGGAGUACAAGGACAACCGGAAGGGCGUGACCGAACAGGGCCAGGGCCAAGACACCGACGAGGUCGAGAACAAGGACAAGGACGGCGCCAACCAUACCAAGAAGGAAGGCCUCCUGUUAAAGUCCGUGGACCAGUGGAUCGAGUGGGUAGAGGUCCAGAAGGACCUCCUCCAGUUCCUCGACUCGAUGGGCUAG